AUGAGAGCAUUCACUCCUUUGCCAGAAUCAAGGACUAGUUUAUUUGCCAAGCUAAGAGAUGCCGGGCGAAUGAAUGUUGUUCCACCAAAACCUGCUAAUCCCACGGAUCGAUGGUAUAGGCCGGAUUUCACUUGCGCCUAUCAUUCUAACCAAGUUGGCCAUGCCACCGAAUAUUGCAUAAACCUAAGGCACAAACUACAAGAUAUGAUUGACAAUCAUGAGCUUAUCCUGGAACCAACACCUCCAAAUGUGGACACAAAUCCGCUCCCAAAGCAUGGAGGGAAUCAAAUUCACAUGAUAGAAAGAGGUGAUGAAUGGGAAGAGAGCCCUGCGAUAAUUCGUCCAGAUAUUGAAGGGUUGGAAAGCACCGUCGCCUCGUUGUCUUUACAAGAGCGAAAAGAAGUGUUAAGCCCUUUGACAAAGAAAUCGAGACAUCGUCGUAGCCAAAAGAGAGCCUUUCGUGCUCAAAUAUCCCUCAACAUAGUCGCUCGAAUUCAUAACGAGCCAUUCAUACUCAAAACAUCAGGACCAGUUGAGAAUGCACCCUUUGUGAUCAAACCGCCGCACCAGAUGAUGGUCAAUAAAGAAAAAGAGAUAGCUGUUGUGGUUCAGGGUAUGACCAGGUCAGGAAGGUGUUAUGCCCCAGAAGAACCUGUGCUCGAAGCGCCACAUCGCGAAAACCCUAAAAAAAGACCAAUCACCGAAGGCGAAGCUGAAAACUUUUGGAGGCAAAUGCCAGUCAAGGAUUAUUCGAUUGUUGAGCACCUGCAUAAGACUCUGCCAAGGAUAUCAGUAAUGUCAUUAUUACUCAGUUCAUCUCAACAUCGCUUAGCCUUAAUGAAAGCUUUGGAUGAAGUCCAAGUGCCCGCCGGCACUACAAGUGAAACAUUGGCCGAGAUUGUGGGGUAUGUUGUACGAGCGCAUAGGCUAUCAUUUUCUGAUGAUGAAUUACCAAGGGAAGGGAAGUCCCACAAUAAAGCCCUGCACAUAACAGUCAAAUGCCGUGACAAGAUUAUCCCUCAAGUGCUGAUUGAUGGAGGGGCUGGGUUGAAUGUAUGCCCUGUGACGACUUUGAAACAACUCGGGUAUGAUGUUGGCAAGAUCCGUCAGAGUCGAACCAAUGUAAAAGCUUAUGAUGGCGCAACCAGCGACCCAAUUGGAGAAAUAGAUCUACACAUACAAAUGGGCCCGCGGAGUUCGUAG